AUGAUAAUUAUUUCUUAUAGGAUAUUAUGUUGCCAUUAUUUACAAGUUAUAGUUAUAUAUUUGUCAACUACAUUUCAUAUAAGUAUGAUACAUUUUCGAUGGUUCAAAGAUACAAUCAACAAUAAUGAAAUUGAACAAUUAGCAAUGACCUCAAUUUCUCAAUUUGAUAUUAGCAAUCAUAAAGUUGAUGGUAUUGCUCAUAAAGCUAUAGAAAUUACUACAAAUUCUAAAGAUUACAGUUUUUUAGAAAUACUUAAUAACUAUAUAGAUCGAUCUACACACAAUUCAAGUGAAUCUCAAUUAAAUAUUUCUAUUAAUGAAAAUCAGGUUAUAGAAAAAAGUAGCAAAGACAACCAAAUUUAA